AGCGUAACUACAAAGAGAGAUUAGUGACUAAAGCGAAGUUGUUCGGAUUGGUCUACUUACUACUUAGUGCUAUGGUGGUUAUGUGAUAGAAACCCGCUCGGCGGGUAGGGUAGGUCGGGUUCGGCCAUGCUGGCCGGGCAGGAGUGACGUUUUUGUUAUUUUCUCUGUUAGUUGCUGAAACUCAUAAAAGAGGAUUGAGUACGUUCAUUUGGGAUUAAGCAAGAAUAAUAUCAGAAUCUCUAAUUCUCUCUUCUCCUGUUCUUCCCCAAUUCUCUCAAAUCGCUAACUCUUCUUCCCAAUUCUUCUCAAUCUCCAACCCUACUCUUCUCUAUCAAUUGGUAUCAGAGCCUGGUCAUGAGCUCGAUACGGCUCUCUGAUUUGGACUGGACCUAUGUGCAACAACGGAUUGACGCCAUAAGGGCUGACCAAGCCCGCGUCGUGCGCGAACGAGGGUGAGGUGCAGAGGCACCGCCGGUGGGUGCGGCUGGCGGGUCGAGGCCGUCGGCGGUAGGAGGAGGUCGCGCGGGGGCGCUGCCGGGCAGAGCGGCCAGGGAUGCGCCCGGGAGCCGCUGCCAGGGGCCGCCGAGGCGGUGUGGCUGGGGGUGUCGUCGCGGGCAGGCGGGGGCGGCCAAGUCGGUGUGGCGGGUAGUGUCGCCGCGGAUAGGAGAGGAGGUCGGGCCGUGCGAGACGCCGAGCGCGUCGGAGGGGAACGCGACGACCGAAUGACCGGCGAGGAAGGGGGCGGCUCCGUCGCUCUCUCUCCAUUCAGUGACCGGGCUGCCGACACCCGGGACUCUCCGUUUCCGAGCUUAGGUUGCCGGUACCUUGGCCUUGGUGGACAGUGGUGCCACCCUGAAUUUUAUUAGCGAGGAACUGGCCAAGCUUCUUCCACAGACACCAAGCUUGGUGGACCCGAUGGUGGUCCGAGUAGCGAAUGGAGCACCUAUGCAGUGCAAGACGGUCUAUCGGGAGCUGUCAUUCGAUAUUCAAGGGUUGCCCGUCACAACGGAUAUGUUUGUGCUGCCCAUUCGCGGGUUUGACAUGAUUUUGGGUGUUCCAUGGUUGCAGGGAUUGGGACCAGUCACCACUGACUGGCGUAGCUUAACCAUGCGGUUCAAAUGGCGAGACAAGGAGUGGUGUUUGCAGGGGCUUACCACGGCCCUAGGUCCGGUUUCUCUCCAUGAGUGCAUCACCGGGGUGGAGGCGGAGUUGGCAGUCAUGUGUUGGCCGGUGGCAUCGACGGAGAACCAGGAGCUGGCCCUCGAUCUCCAGCGGGUCCUGGCUGUUUUUUCGGAGCUCUUUCAGACGCCGACCACAUUGUCGCCGCACCGGCAGGUUGAUCAUCGCAUUCAGCUCAAGGACGGGGUGGAGGCUGUGAACGCCCGCCCUUAUCGAUACGGCCACUCUCAGAAGGAGGAGAUCGAGCAACAAGUGGAGGAGAUGCUAUCGACCGGAUUGAUUCGGCCGAGCACCAGCCCUUUUUCCUCGCCGGUGCUACUGGUUAAGAAGAAGGAUGGGACUUGGUGCUUCUAUACUGAUUACCGGGCGCUCAAUGUCGCGACAGUGAAGGAUCGGUUUCCGAUCCCGACGGUGGAUGAUAUGCUGGGCGAGCUACAUGGGUCAGCGUACUUCACCAAGCUCGAUCUGCGAGCUGGGUACCAUCAGAUUCGGAUAACAGAGGAGGAUGCGCACAAGACCGUUUUCCGGAUGCAUAAUGGCCAUUAUGAGUACUUGGUCAUGCCCUUCGGCUUGUGAAAUGCUCCCUCGACCUUUCAGGCGGCAAUGAAUGACAUCUUUCGAC